UCUGUGUGGUGCGCGCGAGUGUGAAGAAAAAAGUCAAAAUUUUUACCUAAUACUUGAAAAAUCGCCAUUUUGCUUUUGCGGAAAAACUUUUUAAACGGCUAAUUUAGUGCCGGAAACCGCUUUGUAAUGGUCGCAACGGGAUGUGCGCGUCCAAAGCUAUGUCUUUUUUACCUUUUGAUGCUGUCGUUGUAUCUUGCGGGCCCGCAAUGCGAUGCCUUUAAGCUACGACGAAAAGCUGUGAGUGGCAAGUCGGGCGCCAUAGAAAGUAAACGCCAUCAAAUUUAUUUUGACGACGAUGAUGACGAUGGGAACUCGAUGGAUGAUAAUGAUUCGGAAGAAGUGGAAGAUCUGAUGGGACUGGAAGAGGAUGACGAUAAGGAUGAUGAUAACGAUAACGAUGACGACGACGACAACGAGGAAACGAGCCGGGAAGUGACUAGCAGCCGGAAGAAAGUCACUCAAGUGUUUCAAAAAGUGCGAAAAGUCAAAUUCGAAUUGCCGAACGAACGAAAAAAAUAUUUGAAGCGACAUGUUAAGGGAGACGACACCGACGACGACGACGACGACGAUGACGAUGACAAAAGCAAAGAAGGUAUUUUUAGCAAAGUACUCAGUUUGUUUGGAUCUAAAAAUAAAGAUGCGGUUGAGGCACCUGUUGCUGCCGAAAGUGCAAAAGAAGUGCCAAAAGUAGUAGAUGACACCGCAACAAAAACACCGAAUGCCGGCAAAAAGAAGCGCAAGGCCAAGGGAUGGCGAGCAUACGUUGAAAAACUGCCUCUGGGACCUUUGCUGGACUUUAUUUCGGAAGGACAAUCAGCGGAAGAGGACGAUGACGAGCCAAUUGUCAACAUUGAAGUCCCCAAAAAUAUCAAACCAACUGCCCAAAUCGUCGAGGACCUCAAAAAGGCCGUUCAAGACAAGAAACAAGAAAAAUUAAAUCGAAAAAAGAAGCAAACGGGACAUCCGCCGCUUCCCUUGCAUGAAUUUGAGAAUUUAUUGAUAAAUAUUCCGUCUUUUGUGCCAAAUUACACGAAAAUUUCCAAUUUUGAGUGUCGCUAUCAAGGACAGAUCUUUGAAAGACAACUGCGGGGACAUAAGCCAUGGACUUUGCAAAUGAUUGAUUCGUCAGCGAGAAUCUCUUCGGGACUUUUGAGAGGCAAUGCAAAUCAACUGGGAGACUACGACAUGUGCACAAAUAUCGGAACUAAGGUGAAAAUAUCGAAGCAAGAUGUUGUCGAGAUUCGUGGAAAAUAUUGCUUGGCUCACAUUGAUUUUUAUGCGAUUGAGGAGGGAUUGAAGGGACCACUAAAUUUGAUUCAAGGAAAAGGUUUCGUUAGAAGUACAAUCAAUGAUCCGGUUCACUUCAUUCCUCGUUUUACAACCACCAACUGGGGCAUGUGCAUACCCUCAGCUUGCACCAAUGAAGACGCCGAACAAAUGCUGGAGAACUUCUUGAAGCCUUACAAUUGCACUGGACUUCGUGUUCAAAUCGAAGUGGACGAAGACAAUUGUUAUGUGAAGGAAAAAAUCGAUUAUGCCGAAGUAAUUGAAGAAAAUUGGGAAAUUCCUGCUACUUUGCUUUUUUACAGUUUCUGCAUUGUCUGUACGCUUGUGGCAACAAUGAGCGACUAUUCCAAAGCUCUGAAACUUGAUGUGCUUUAUCGAAUUCUUGUUAAAUCCAAAUCCGCGGAUGAAAAUUCCACCAAUAAAGAAGAGGAAAAGGCUCCUGUUGUCGAGCACGGUGUCUUGCACAAGAUUCUUAUGACAUUUUCAUUAAAAUCAACGUUCCCGUUGCUGUUCAACGUGGAUGGCAGUGAUGAAGAACAAAUUAUGUGUGUUCACGGACUAAAAGCCAUCGGCACUGUUAUGUUAUAUGUGGCUUUUAAGAUGAUCCCACUCGGCCGCAUACCGUUCGACAACCGGAAUCAAAUGACGGAUCUCUUUAAUAAUCCUGCAAGCAUCGUUUUGCGAGCACUUUUCCUCUACACCGACCUAUUUUUGUUGCUUUCGGGACUUUUGAGCUCUUAUGGCGUCGUAAAAGACCUCAAAAGUAAGGGGAAAAUUCACGUAAUCAAACGGAUGAUUGGAAGAAUUGUCAGACUGACGCCCACUUUGCUAGCAGUUUUGCUGUUUUAUGCUUUCAUUUGGGAAUAUAUUGGAAGUGGACCCCAAUAUGGCGAUCUAGUCUACAAGAAUUCUGAUUUGUGUAAGGAAAACUACUGGAAAAAUCUUCUGUUCAUCCACAAUUGGAUGCCAUUCGAAGAUAUUUGUGCUACUCAUACUUUUACACUGGCAAUCGACAUGCAAUUGUACUUGAUUGUCACUCCGUUACUCGUGUGGCUUUUCUACAAGAAGCCUCUUGCUGGAUUGGCAGUUUAUGGAAUUUUGCAUGGAUUCUCAACGGGAGCGAGAUUCGUUGAUGUGCUGGAAAGUCGACUCUCUUUCGUACUUUUCCAUGGAAUGAAAUUGAGUCAAAUUUAUCGAACUGCAAAUGCCGCAAUUACCUCUACAGUUCAUCGAGCAACUCCUUAUUUGAUUGGCAUUGGACUUGGAAUAAUUUUGCGUGACUUUGAGAAAAACAUCAAGAUCCCUCGACCAAUGGUGCUUCUUUCGUGGUUGUCAUCCUUCCUCGGAAUCGCUUGGUGUUUCUGGUCGCCAUCGCAUCUUGCUCGUCGUUCAUAUCAAUAUGACUCUGAGGAGGCGAGUCAAUAUGCUGCAAUGGCUCCUUUGGUCUUCUCAAUUUCCGUCGCGUGGAUCAUCUUUGCCUGCAACUACGGUUACGGUUCAUUCAUAAAUCGCCUACUUGGAUCACGUCCAAUGAUUUUGCUGUCACGUUUGUCAUAUUCGAUCUAUUUGUUAGAAUUUAUCGUUUUCUUCACCUUUGCCGCGAGUGCGAGAUCAACGGAUCACUUCACGCUCGCCACGUUGUUUGAUACGCGGGAAAUUGGCGUAUUGCUUGGCGCGGCUUUGGCCUUGACCUUGAUGCUCGACUUGCCGAUGCAGAAUAUUAGAAGACUUAUUUUGGGAAAUGCGGAAGAAAAUAAGGAAGCUACGGCAGUUAAGGAGCAAGAACAAGAAGUGAAAGUCACACAAACGAAUGGACAUCAUGUGGUUAAGGAGGAAUUUAAAGAAAUUAAGGAAGAAGAAGUUGAAACAAUCAGUCCGUGGGCCGAUGAAGAAGAAGAUCCAUAUGUACCGGCAUUUAGACGCAGUUUUGAAAGCAAAACGGAAAAGACGAGAAUGUCACCAAGAGAAUAUUUUAAACCAAACAGCAAUUUGAGAGGAAAUCCAUGGGUGACAGAUAACGGACCCCCAGAGCCACCAGAAUCCGAGGAAGAAGAGGACGAAGAAGAACUAGAAGAUGAUGAGGAACUCUUGGACGAACCUGAACCCGUAAAAGAGCCCGAACGUCCCAUGAGACGUCGUUUUCAGUGGGACAUCCACGACGACUAAAAAUAUAUCACCAUAAGACCCCUAAAGAUACUCAUUCUCAUUAACUUAUUUAUCUUAUUUUUAAGUCCAACGGAACCAACGUGAUAUUAUAUAAAUCGAAUUUAAGCAUUUUCCAAACAAUCUUUCAGUUUUUCACGGGAGAAAAGUCUCAAAAAUCGGUAAAACGUUGCUGUAAAUAAACAUUAAAGACAUUUUUUUCUUCUCAUAUUUAAUCUUUAAUUGCUAGUCACUCACGUUCACACAAGUGUUCUAAAAAAAAAUUUACAGGGUCUAUAACUUUUUUUAAGGGCAGUUUGCUUGCUACACAUUUAGAUUUUGGCGUCUAACGUGUCACAGAAGACAUUGUACGCCUGGAUUUUUCUUGUUCACGUACUUACUUACUCUCUUACUUACACGAAUUUGUUAUUUAUAUAUAAAAAAAAGUUGUAAAUAAAAUGAAUUUGAAUAAAACUUUGUCUUUGUCGCACUCUUGCAUUCAUCAUCCUAGAUUGCACCACGAGUCAUGCGUGUUCGAAC